CAUCGCCGGCUUUCAUCACUCGUUCUCUUCGUCUCUCGCUGUGCUGUGCACUCACCUUCGCUUUCGCUUUACAGAUUACUUUCAUUCUUCCACAACGCGAAUUUUCGCUUUCACGCUUCACUUACUCAUCAGACCGCCAAUAUGAAGUACACCACCGCAUCUGUCAUCGCAUUCGCUGGCGCAGCCAAUGCUCUGCCUCACCCGCAGUUCAGUCUGCCAUCCUUCAGCAUGCCAUCCUUCUCCAUGCCAUCCGGUCUCUCUGGUUUGGGAGGUGGCCUAGGUGGAGGCUCCAGCCUUCCUAGCCUUCCUUCUUCAUCCGGCGGCGCUGGGCUUGGAGGGCUCAGUGACCUGAUCGGCGGCUCAGGAGGUCUUGGAGGACUUGGAGGCGGAAGCGGCUCGCUUCCUAGCCUUCCUUCUUCCACUGGUGGAUCUGGGCUCGGGGGACUCAGUGAUCUGAUCGGUGGCUCGGGGGGACUCGGUGGGCUUGGAGGCGGCAGCGGCUCGCUCCCUGGCUUGGGUGGAGGAAGCUCUGGCACUACCUCCGAUGUCCAAGUCACUGCAACCCCUACUGCCACCGGUGCUGCACCAACCAGCACUGGCUCUGCUGGAGGCAGCGCUGGGGCCAAUGCCAACAACGGCGCUAGCUGCGGCAGCACAGGAGGUAGCUCCGAGAAUGGUGUCAAGGAUGGUAAAUGCUGCACAGACAUGACAGUCAUUUUCGCUCGUGGAACCUCGGAGUUGGGCAACAUGGGCACCAUCUCAGGCCCUCCUAUGGUCAAGGCCAUCAGGGCGAAGCUUGGUGCCGACAGGGUUACCGUGCAGGGCGUUGACUAUGCGGCUUCUGCUAUCGGCAACGCCGGCCUCGGCGCAGACGGAGGAAAGGUCAUGGUUCAGCUCGCCCAGCAGGCACUGAAACAGUGCCCUGGCACCAAGAUCAUUCUCUCUGGUUACAGCCAGGGUGCUAUGGUUGUUCACAACUCUCUCUCCAACGGAAUCUCUGCAUCUGAUGUCGCUGGAGCUGUCAUGUUCGGCGACCCAUUGAAGAGCCAGGCAAUCUCCGGACUGUCCAAGGACAAGAUCAAGCAGUUCUGCGGCACCACCGACACCAUCUGUGGCGGUGGCGGUGACGGCGGUGCUACCGGCAGCCAUCUGAGCUACGGCAGCGUUGCCGACUCUGCGGCUACAUUUGCCAUCCAGGCAGCUGGUCUUGCUUAGAUGUAGUAGGGGGACACAGGAAAGGGUACAAUACAAGGAGGAUAAUAUGCUAUGCUGGG